AAUCAAAUUGCACCAUACAUACAUACACCAUGUCUAGUGAGGAAUUCAAGUUGGUUUCACCAGCAAUAAAAGAGAUCAACAAAGAAGGAAUUGGGAAAUUACCAAGAUAUUGCACACAAGAAGGGUUAGGUUCUAAAUUUGAUAUAUCCCCACCUCUUGAGUGGCAAAACGUACCACCCAAGACUAAGAGUCUGGCCCUCCUGGUCCAGGAUUUGGAUGCCGUAGAUCCAGUGGGCCGUAAGGUGCAACCAGCCCAUUGGAUCGUGGUCAAUAUUCCGACGGCUGUGAAUCGGCUCCCGGAGGGAUUCUCCGGAAAGAAAGAGGAGGUUGUUGGUAUGGAAAAUGAUGAGUAUGGUGUGAUUGAAGAAGGGAUUAAUGAUUGGAAAGUGAAUGUGUGGCGUGGCCCUAAGAUGCCUAAUUAUGGUGAUAACUUUGAGUUUAGGCUCUAUGCUUUGGAUUUUGAUCACCCUUUUGAUAACCAGGUGAAGAAGGAAAAGCUGUUGGAUGCCAUAACUGGUCAUGUGGUUGGAGAAGCUGUAUUCACUGCUACUUUCUAAGAACUGAGCAGAACUGCAUAAGAUUGAAAUACAAUCUUCUCAAUUCUCAUGUAUAUAAUAAAUAGUAAUAAUUCUCAACUGAAGUAUCAUGUAACCUUUUUCCCCCCGGUAUAUUAGGAAGUUGAUGUAUGUCAGAACAUCAACAUUUUUCUUCCCAUUUAGAUGUUUGAGUAAUCACUCAUAUUAGAAUU